AUGUUCAACAACUUCAGCAGCUUCGUGCAGAAGGCUCAGUCGGCUGCUCAGCAGCUGAUUGAUCCCAUGCAGGGGCUGAACCUGACCAACUCCGACAAGAACCCAUCCAAGUCCUCCCUGUUCCAGAACCAAUUCCGACUCCCCAGUUCCCAGACGCCCUUGUACGAGAUACCCGCCGAGCUCACCAUCCCGCCCUCCAACGUCACCCAGGGGGACAAAGAACGCGACCGAGGCUGGCACUACGCUGGCAAGCUGCACCUGUCCGAGUCCUACAUCUGCUUUUCCACAACCUCGACCAGUUUCGUCCACACCGCUAGCACCUCUACUUCCUCUGCAUUCACCGGCCAGACCCACGGUGGUGGUCCCAGUGGGAACGGCUUCACCUUUCCCCUGUGCGCUAUCAGACGGGUCGAACGGCUGAACAGCCAAAACUUCCAGUUUGCACUUGCCAUCACCACGUGGAAUGGCAUCUCCCAAGAACUGGCCAAGGACAAGGACGCACUCAAGGACAAGAAAGACUUCCGUGAACAGAGGAUCACCAUACAGCUUGCUGGGAGCCGCCAGGCCUGCGAGAGGUUUUGCGAUGGUCUAAAGAAAGGAUUGCGGACUGCAGUCGGCAAUGUUGGGAAAUGCAAAAGGGUAGUGGCGGAAUGCUACUCAGAAUACCUUUUGCGGCCCGAGGAGAUGAAAAACGCACCUUCUCCUGAUGCUGGGCUUGGCCUCAUCUUCCGAUACCCUGGCGAUCCCAAGAAACUGAGGGACCGGGCAAAGAUGCGGCUAUGGGCUGAGUUCCUUCGUGACAAUGGUCGCAACGCUACACUCAUUCGCCAACCAACAUUUCACAAACUGAUCCGAGUUGGACUGCCAAAUCGACUUAGAGGCGAAAUGUGGGAACUAACCUCCGGCUCGUUCUAUCUGCGAUUGGAAAACCCGACUCUGUAUGCGGAGACACUAGCAAAGUUCUCUGGCAAAGAAUCGUUGGCGAUCGAUGAGAUAGAAAAGGACUUGAACCGGAGUCUACCGGAAUAUCCCGGCUUUCAGAGCGAGGAAGGCAUCCACCGGCUGCGGCGUGUGCUCACAGCCUAUAGCUGGAUCGACCCUGAGGUUGGCUACUGCCAGGCCAUGAACAUCGUUGUGGCUGCCCUGUUGAUCUACAUGUCAGAGGCACAAGCGUUUUUCCUACUAUCGGCGCUAUGCGACAGACUGGUACCCGGCUACUACUCGUCCACCAUGUAUGGCACGCUAUUGGACCAGAAGGUGUUCGAAUCACUCGUGGAGAAGACGAUGCCGAUAUUAUGGGAACAUCUCGUCAAGAGCGAUGUACAACUUUCGGUCGUUUCUCUUCCCUGGUUUCUCUCCCUCUACAUCAACUCCAUGCCCCUGGUAUUCGCUUUCAGGGUUUUAGAUGUUUUCUUCGUCGAGGGGCCCAAGGUCCUCUUUCAGGUUGGGCUGGCAAUCUUGCGAAUUAACGGCGAGGACUUACUAGACGCCACUGAUGACGGCGCGUUCAUAUCGGUGUUGAAAUCAUAUUUUUCACGUCUCGAUGAAUCCGCACACCCAAAGUCGGAAAACCCAAAGCUACGAGCCAUCAACCGAUUUCAAGAACUCAUGGUGGUUGCUUUCAAGGAGUUUUCUGGCAUUACCCAUAGCAGCAUCCAGGAUUUGCGGCUGAAGAAUAAGGACGCUGUUCUUAAUAACAUUGAGAACUUCGCCAAGCGAACAGCCAUACGCAACCUUGGACCGGACAGCAAGCUCUUGAGUGCUGAAGAGCUUGGUUCCCUUUAUGAUAGAUUCUACACAAUUUUGUAUGAACGACAGCAGCGAGAUCACAUUAUUCAAGAGGAGCAACUACGCCGAGCGAAACACAACAAGACAAGAGCUACAGAGGCAUUUGCUGAACGUCACGACCACGGCGUGGAAAAGGGUCGAGUUGGCCUGGGCCCAAGCACCAGCCUGAUGGACUAUGAUGCAUUCCGCGAGUUCUUGGCCAGCAUAGCGAAAUGGGCCAUCUCGGAUGCACCGGCCUCCCCCAGACGCAACCAGUCUUCCGAAAAGGACCGCAGCCCCUAUUUUGGAAGCUUUAGGCGAUCAGAGAGCAAUUUGCUCACCCCAUGGGGAGGAGGUCCAGAGCCAGCAGAACACGAAUUCAUGCAGAGAUUAUUUCGAAGAUGGGAUGUGGACUCUAGUUCGACGCUGACGUUGCAGAACGUCGUCACUGGGCUUGCCCAGAUCAAGGGGAAGCGUGAUAUCAUGGGCACAAUCACCUAUUUCUUCGAACUCUACGACGAUGACGGUGAUGGCAAGGUCGACCGUGAAGGCAUUCUUCGCAUAUCAGAAGCGCUCUUAUUUCUUUCGAGGCGCGGUCUCGAAGGAGCCCUGAGCAAUUCCAACUCGAGUGCGAUGCUCAAUGGAAUGGCAGACUCGGAGCCCGGGUCCAUGAGCCCGCCAAUCGGUGGAACUGUGAAUGAGCGAUUCCUUGGCAGUAUUAGUGCUUUCAUAAGACGCUGCUUUGAAUAUGCCGACCCGGACCAUCCAAACAACCAUUUUGGGACAGCCCAGCAUGCCAGUUCUGGUCCUGACGCCUCACCUUUCCCCACUGCAAGUCAAGUGGCUGACAACGAUGCAUUCGCCAUUGGCGAUGACGACGACGACGAAGACGAUCUUCUAGCGUUUGAUGGCCCGCCGGAGCCAAGCUCCACGACGAAUACGCCUGAUAAUGGAUCCAUUCCUCCAGCGCUGGGCAAGCCUGCAGGUGGAAGCGGCACAGAACGGACAGUGUCUAAAGCACAGUCGGAGAAGGCAAACGUGGCUCUGGAUCCUUCGAAUCCGCUGUACAUGACACUGCCUACUUUCCGCAUGGUUGUGCUUGCAGAUGAGCUGCUCGAGCAGUUCUUCGAAUCUUCGUUCCCUACCUCACUACACAUCGUGGAUGGCUUGCCCAAUGCGACUUACCAAUCGUCGUCGUCUUUAACAACUUUUUCGAAUUUGAAUUUUGGCCGCGCAGCCGCUGCACCUAUACCAGUCCCGCAACCCGGUGCGGCAGCCCCUGGCCGCAGUCUCCGCGGUGUUUUAGACAAUAUCGUCACGGAUGCAUCACGUGUUGCAGCGGAGGUCCGACGACGUAUGGAGGAAGCCCAAGGUGAACUAGAAAAGAACGCGGUCCCCGGCCAAAAAGAUGACGAGGAAGACGACGAGGAAGAUCUGCAGGGUCUAGUGAGAUCUGCAGGUGGAGACCCCGAACGGAGAAGUGUGCGGUCCUCGGACAGAGACCUCUUGGACGGCGCUGAUGCCGACGCCGGAGCCGCAAAAGGGCAAGAAGGGUCGAGCCAAUCGAUUCUUGAUGCCAACGAUGAGGGAGGGAGGCCAAAUCCGGCCAGUUCUGCAAUACAGGGAAUUGUGGAGUUUGAGAGCUGA